CACAAGACCCACAGCAAUGGCUCCUACAAUCACUGGAUCAAUCAGCAGCAGAGAAACUCUACUGACAAACAAGCUGAGAAAGCCCAUGGUGGAGAAGAUCCGCCGAGAGCGAAUCAACAGCAGCAUCGAGAAGCUCAAGACUCUUCUGGCUCAAGAGUUCGUCAAGCAGCAGCCCGACUCCAGACAGGAGAAAGCUGAUAUCCUGGAGAUGACGCUUGAGUUCUUGAGACGCUCUCAGAAAAGCAGUGCGGUUGGUGACGGACGCUCCAGAUGUGUGCAGGAGGCCGUCAGCUUUCUGUCUCGGUGCCCAGUGCAGACGCAGAGCCACACAAGACUGAUGAAGCUCUUCCUGCACAUGCAGACUCCUGCAGACCAGCACACACAUGUGGACAAUCCUCAGACCACUGAAACGCACGCAAACAGCAGCGCCAAACAACACACUCCAGCCCGCAGUCACAUCUGGAGACCCUGGUAGACUUAAUUCUCGUGUUUUUUAAAAAAACAAUGUGAACUACCACAAUUAACUCUGUUUUUAGAGAAAAUGUUCUUUCACGAGAGAUUUAUCUGUAUUCUUACUUUAGGUGUUGAUUAUUUUUGCCUUUUUUGGCAAACUGACUGUUAUCAGUUAUAUUAUACAUUUACAACUAUAUAUCUCACAUUGAGGUACAUAUUUAUGUUCUAUGAAUAGAAGUUUAACAGAUCUAAUGGAUUUUUAUUAAGUUUUUGUUCUUUUUGAAUAUUUUCUUGUUGGUGGUGUAGAUUUGAUAUAAUCAAAUCUCACUGACAAAUCUUUUUAUAAAGAUUAUAAGGCAAUAUUAUAAUGAUAUUGCAGUGUAACUGUGUUUUAAACAAGUCUAACAAUCAAGCAACAAUGGAAUGCACUAAAUGAAGAUGGACAACAUCUGCAAAUG